UGAUAAGAGAUCAAGAUGAUAUCUUUAUCAAGACUUGUCUUGGCUGUCAUACUGUGCUGUUAUUGUCUGACAAUUCUGCUGCCAUAUCUCGGAUUCGUGCUUGAGCCACAUCAGCUACCUGAAGGGAAGUGCUACCAAGAGUUUACAGAGAACUUACUAGCAUUGAACCCGAGAGUUGUCAAACAAGCAACUCUCCUGCCUACCUCAAUUACGAAGCAAAACAAGCAGAAAUGGAAACGCAACAUGGACAAAAACAACAGCUCACCUUGUUUGUUAAAAAACAAUUUUGAUGAUGUGAAGCACACAACUUUGAGUGAAAGAGCAGCCCUAAGGGAAGCAGCAAGGUGUUUGAAGUGUGCCGAUGCUCCGUGCCAGAAGUCCUGCCCUACUCAGCUCGAUGUCAAGGCCUUCAUCACCAGCAUAUCUAACAAGAACUACUAUGGAGCGGCCAAGGCCAUAUUCUCGGACAACCCUCUGGGCCUGACGUGCGGCAUGGUGUGUCCUACCAGUGACCUUUGUGUUGGUGGUUGUAACCUCCAAGCCUCAGAGGAGGGCCCCAUUAACAUUGGAGGUCUUCAGCAGUUUGCUACUGAGGUUUUCAAACAAAUGAGAAUCCCACAGAAACGUGCCUCUGGUGUCCAAGUUAAGUUUUCAGAGUCUAAGAUUGCAUUGAUUGGCUGUGGACCAGCUUCUAUCUCUUGUGCAACAUUCCUUGCACGAAUGGGCUAUAACAAUAUUGACAUAUUUGAAAAACUUAGCUACGUCGGUGGUCUCAGUUCGUCAGAGAUCCCACAAUACCGAUUACCCCUGAGUGUCGUCAACUUCGAGGUGGAACUCCUCAAGAAUUUAGGGGUCAAAAUUCAUACACAGAGAUCUCUAUCAAAAAAUGACCUGACUAUUAUGAACCUUCGUAAAAGUGGCUACAAAGCUAUUUUUAUAGGCAUUGGACUACCUGAAGCCAAACAUGACAGUCUUACUGAUGGACUUACCAGUGAAAUGGGUUUUUAUACUUCAAAAACAUUUUUACCAGAAGUUGCAAAUGGGAGUAAAAGAGGUUUGUGUGGUCAGUGCACUUGUCAGCUACCAUCGCUGUAUGGCAGAGUUAUUGUUUUGGGUGCUGGGGACACAGCGUUCGACUGUGCUACCUCCGCCCUUAGAUGUGGUGCAACCCGAGUCUUUGUGGUAUUCCGCAGGGGUUUCACAAACAUAAGAGCUGUCCCAGAGGAGAUAGAACUAGCUCGAGAAGAAAAGUGUGAGUUUCUGCCUUUCCUGUCCCCCAAGAGAGUUAUCGUGGAGAACGGUAAGAUCACUGCCAUGGAGUUCUACAGGACAGAACAAACUGACAGUGGACAGUGGAUAACGGACCCUGAGCAGACCAUGAGGAUCAAAGCUGACUUUGUGAUAUCUGCGUUUGGAUCUGGACUCUACAAUAAUGAUGUUGUAGAAGCACUACAGCCCCUGAAGCUGAAUAUGAACAACUUACCAGUGGUGGACAUGGCGACUCUGGGAUCCAGUGAGCCAGAUGUGUUUGUGGGUGGAGAUCUGGCUGGGUUGUCUGAAACCACAGUAGAGGCUGUUAAUGAUGGCAAGACUGCUGCCUGGCAUAUGCACUCUUACAUUCAGAAAAGUUACAUAUGCAGUAGAGGGCCCCUGGGUCCACCCAGCCUACCAAGAUUCAACACUCCGAUAGAUGAGGUGGAUCUGAGUGUGGAAAUGUGUGGAAUGAAGUUUAUCAGCCCCUUUGGCCUCGCUUCCGCCCCACCUACCACCACCAGUGCCAUGAUCCGCAGAGCGUUCCACCAGGGUUGGGCUUUUGCGGUUACCAAAACUUUUUCACUAGAUAAAGAUCUAGUGUCAAAUGUGUCUCCGAGAAUAAUCAGAGGGGUGACAUCACGGCAUAAUUAUGGCCCGGAACAGGGCUCUUUUCUCAACAUUGAGCUCAUCUCAGAGAAAACAGCGAGUUACUGGUGCCAGAGUAUUACAGAACUCAAGAAGGAUUUUCCUGACAGGAUUGUGAUGGCAAGCAUCAUGUGUUCAUACAAUGCUGGGGACUGGACAGAGUUGGCACAGAUGGCAGAGUUGUCAGGAGCUGAUGCCUUGGAGUUGAACCUCUCCUGUCCUCACGGCAUGGGGGAGUCGGGCAUGGGCCUAGCCUGUGGCCAGGACCCAGUGCUGGUAAAGAACAUUUCCUUGUGGGUACGAGCAGCUGUUAAAAUACCAUUUUUUGUUAAGCUAACUCCAAAUAUAACAGAUAUUGUGGCCUUAGCUAAAGCAGCUAAAGAAGGGAGAGCUAGUGGUGUCUCCGCCAUCAACACGGUGCAAGGUCUCAUGAGUGUGGACUGUGAGGGAGUCCCGUACCCUGCAAUAGGGCAGGAGAAGCUCACCACCUACGGAGGAGUCUCUGGGAACGCAGUGAGGCCCAUUGCGCUGAAAGCAGUUUCCGCCAUCGCCCGGGCACUCCCUGGAUUCCCUAUCAUGGGUAUCGGUGGCAUAGACUCGGCAGAUACGGCACUGCAGUUUCUCGAAUGUGGGGCUACAGUUCUGCAAAUAGGAAGUGCAGUGCAAAAUCAAGACUUCACACUGAUCGAAGACUACGAAGUCGGAUUGAAAACUUUGCUGUACUUAAAGAGCAUAGACAGUUUGAGAGGGUGGUCCGGCCAGUCUCCUCCUACACCGACCCACCAGAAAGGGAAGCCUUUGGCAACUAUCCGAGAUGAAAAUGGAAAGGUGUUACCUCAUUUUGGAAAGUUUAAGAAGAAGAGAGAGGAGCUGUUGCUGGCAGCCAAGCUACAGGAUCCCCUGAGUGGACAAGAACCUGAGAGGCAGAGUCCUGACCACUGGAACCUACCAGAGCGACCGGUGCCCUCAGUGCGAGAUGUGGUCGGGUCAGCACUGCCCAGAAUCGGGGACUACAAAGGACUUGAUAAAGAACAACAGGUUGUAGCUGUUAUCAAUGAUGACAUGUGCAUCAACUGCGGCAAGUGUUACAUGACGUGUAACGACUCUGGGUACCAAGCCAUCCAACUCGACCCCGAGACACACAUCCCACACGUGACAGAUGACUGCACUGGUUGUAACCUGUGUGUCUCUGUUUGUCCAAUCAUCGACUGCAUCAGUAUGGUCCGCAAACAGAUUCCUCAUAUCAUCAAGCGGGGAGUUCCAGCAUCCCAACAUGUGGCAGUCCAGUAGGACAGCUCCAUAAGUUACAUAUAUUUUAGGGAGCAACCAAAAAUAAUGUUGCUCUUGUCCGUGUGUAUUUAAUCCGUAUGUAGCUUAAAUGGUAGAAUAACUACCCAGCUGCUCCCGUAGUUGAGGUUUUGGCUUUUUCUGUUCAUUGAUAACCUUGACUUUCUUCACAAAAUAUAGAACUAAAACUUAUAUAAAAAUUUUUUACGCUAGAAAAAUAGUGAAAAACAUCCUUGUAGACCAGCCAACAUCAUACAAGUUGCUAUAAUAAACUGACUAUAAGAUACUAACAAAUAAGUACAUUAGUUGAAUUCAACAUCACAGCCCUAUAACUGGCACAUUACACAAAACGUCAUUUAUGUACGAUGCUUGUCUUUAUAUUAUAUUAUUUGUAUAUUGUAUAUUAGUUUUUCUAACAUGUCAGUAACCAAUGCAUUAUAUAUACACAAUACUUCACUGGUUUGUAAAUAAUGUAAGAGGUUUGUCCAAUAAAUAAGCAACUAAUCCAAUAUGUUUAUUUUUGGAAAUGAAGAAUUCGGGUAGGUAUUGCGGUUGUUGGAAAAAUUCCACAUCGUUAAAUGCUAUUAAAAACAGAAAUAAUGUAUAUUAAGAUCCAAAUGAAAUGUGAUUUUUUUCCUCAGAUUGGGUUAAAGAACCCAAGAGAAGAUCUUCAAUUAGAUGAAGUAACCAAAUCAUACCGAAGUGCUGUUAUACACGAAGUCAGGAAGCAACGGUAUACAAGUUGAGUGCCAAGUCAACAAAAGUUAAUUUAGCUCAUUCAUAACAGUUGAUGGUAUUUUAAGGAAAAAAUAUCUUGUUUGUUGUUGUUGGUUCCUUACUCUAGUUGGACGCAGCACUCUGCAUGAUUCAGUUACUUUGUGAUCUAUCUGUAAUUAUUAAUCCACCUUAGGAACAAACCAAAUUGCAGGCUGAGAACAUAAAAUCUUUUUUUGUAACAUUUAACAAGUUGUCUAAUAUAUACCCUCAUGAAUUGGUACAGAUGAUGAACUUCUCCUGGAUAGCAGCUGCAAUGAUAUUUGGUAUGGAAACUCAGGUGGCAGAAUUUUGUCACUACCUACAAAAUGUGAGUCAAUGAAGUUCCUCCUUCUGCAGAUUCGGUCAUUAUAAAAAAUGAAAAAGAUGUUGCUGAAUGGAUAGGUGAAAGCAAUCAGGCUCCUCUGCAAUCAGUCCCUACAUAUCCAGCACUAAAGGAGAUACCGGUGGCUACCCAAAUAUUCUGAACAAGAUCGAAUAUAAGGUCUUUUAUUCUCUAAUUCUAAAGAUUUUUCAAUUUCUUUUAAAUUACUUUUAAAAUUUUUGUAUAUAACUGUUUUUAUAUUGUGUUAUUUUUAUAUGUAUUAGAAAUAGAAUUGUUGGUACUUUUAGGCAAGUAAGCAUAUAUAAUCUUAUUAUAUUUACAAAGAAAUUGUUACUUUUAGUUUUAAUAAUCACACAUACACAAAGACACACACACACACACACACGUGCGCGCGCAUGCGCGCGCAAUUGAUGUCUAUAUAUUCUUUUGUUAAAGCAGUUCUAAUAGGUUUAAUUUUUUGUCUUAUUUUAAUUUUGUUAAUUUCUCUUUAUGUGCUUGCUUUUACUUCGUGACUUGAUGCCUAGAGGCUUUAUGUAUUACUUUUAAUAAGUAACUAUUACCUUAUGCUGUUUAUUAUCAAUCGUAUUUUAGUUACAAAUAGUUCUGUAUUUGUAUUUAUUGACACAUGUUAAGUGUAAGAAAGGACCUAAUGGUCCUAACUUCACUUGUCAUAAUAAAGAGUUUACUAAAUCAAUCAAUCAAUCAUGUUCCCUGUGUUCCUGAUUGGCAUAAAAACCAUAGAGUUAUAUUUUUAUAAAUUUAUUUUUGAGAAGUUUUGAGCAGUAUAUAUUAUAAUAAUAUAAAUUAGUAAUUGUUAUGUUCAUAUAAUAUUGAAAACCUCUUGAAUAAACACAACAUGAAAACCAAAACCAUUGUUACAAUGCUUAUCCCCCAAACUGCCAUGAUACCCAUUUGUGACAUUUUGAAAACAUUGAUUUUUUCCGGUACACAACUGUAAAUGGGAUGAACAUAUAUAAUGUUUCGACUGAACAUGUGCAACAUGAUGCAAAUUAUGUAAAAUAUUUAACAAAACUUGAAAUGUAGUGUGUUAAUAAUUAUUUGAUGUUCUUCAAUAAAGCUAAAGUUUAUCGAA